UCUCUUUUAAAACCUUCACCUUUAUCUCUCUCUCUUUCUUCAAAGUUCGUCGUGCACAGAGUAGAGAGAUAAAGCUACAAAAUUAAAAAAAAUGAGAGGUCUCUCCAUAACCACGGCGGCGAUUCUAGUCAUUCUCACCGUCCAGUACUGGUACGUUGCGGUGUCUUCUCAGUCCGUCGAAUUCGUAGCUCCGAUUGAGACAGAGUGUCGUGGUACUAUAGCAGAGUGCUCUGUUUCCGCCGCCCUCGGAGACGAAGACGGAGAUCUAUUCUACGGCGGAGGAGAAAUGGGAGCGGAGUUCGAGAUGGACUCGGAGAUCAGCCGGCGUAUGUUAGCGGCGAGGAGGUACAUAAGCUACGGUGCGCUUAGGAGAAACACUGUUCCCUGCUCACGACGCGGCGCGUCUUACUACAAUUGCAGACGUGGAGCUCAGGCCAACCCUUACUCUCGCGGCUGCAGCGCCAUCACUCGCUGCCGGCGCUGAAUCUUUGUAACUCUCUUUAAAUCUUUCUUCUUCCUUUUUUUUUUAUUUAAAUUAUUUUUUCUAUUUUUCUGAUAUAUAAUUUUCAGAUUUUUUUUUUUUUUUUGCCGGUUUAAUAUUAUCUAAAGUUCAUUACGCAAUAGAUUUGGUUACACAUAUAUUGUAAAUGUUUCUGAGAAUUUAUCUCUGUUUAUUGAUGUAAGUUUGUUACAUAAACCACAAAAACAAAAACAAAAAUAAAAAUAUUAUGGCGUAAA